UCGCGUCAACCCAACCGGAGUGUCAUAUUGACCAUUGCAUAGUGCAAUAACCCAAGUUGCAGGAAGGAGAAAAAGAAAAAACAAGCUUCAUCUGAAACUGCAGAUGCAAGAUGAACACUGUAACGCCAUGGAAGCAGCUUCUUCUUCAUGCUAUUGAGGCCAAUUCUCAUCUCAAGCAUUCUUCUUUCUUCCAACUUGCUACAAUUGGAGGAAAUGGAAGACCAUCUAAUCGCACUGUAGUUUUCAGGGGAUUUCAAGAUGAGACUGAUAAAAUCCAGAUUAAUACUGAUUGUCGCACUCGGAAGAUUGAAGAACUCAAGCAUUGCCCAUUUGCCGAGAUAUGUUGGUAUUUUACAGACUCCUGGGAGCAGUUCAGAAUAAAUGGCAGGAUUGAUGUUAUUGAGGGAUCAAACUCCGACUCCGUGAAACUCCAGGAAAGGGAGAAAACAUGGUUUGCUAGUUCAUUGAAAUCAAGACUGCAGUAUUUGGGUCCUGAUCCUGGUAUUCCCUCCAUUACUGAAGACUUACCAAAGGGUGUCAGUUUGGAUCCUUCUGCCGGCCCGGUUAAUGCAUUUUGCCUGCUGGUUCUAGAUCCUGAUCAGGUGGAUUACUUGAACUUAAAGACUAACACAAGGAUAGAGUAUAGGUGCAGCAGAAAUUCGAAUGGAGAUAAAUGUUGGACUCCAGAGAGAAUCAAUCCAUAGUCUUGUGUUAUCUCAAUGCAAGAACAUAAUCGAUGAUACUGUCGAUCAAGGUUUGAGCCUCUAGUGGCUCUCCCUUGAUUUGUAAGCACACCCAAGAAUAAUUUAAGAUCUUGGGUUAUGUAAGAAACUCAUAAAAUUCUUCAAAAGAUGGAUUAUGCAUGAAGCUGAUCUGGUGAAGUUAACACUUAUGUACCCUAAGUAGUGACAUUAAUUUGCAAUUUCCACUAAUUCUGGCCCUUGGUUUC